UGAAUUGUGAAGUCUGUCUGGGUCCCGGGAAUGAACGCGUGCUCCGGUGUACCGGAACCGCUGGCCGUGACGUCAUGCGACCGGACCGAGGAGUGGCUUCACUUUCCGCCCGCGGUCUUCUCUCGAGCUCGGGCGCUUUGUCCUCGUCUGACUUCACUGCUGGGAUGUGCCGUGAUUGAAGGAGCUGCCCUGCUGUUACACACUCGCACACUCGUCGUGGGAUCACACACACACACACACACACACACACACUCGUCUCAGUAUGCUGGCUCUCCUGCUGUGUGCUGUGCUGGCUGUUCACGCUGACGCUCUUGACGUCCGUGUCCCAGAAUCCCCUGCGGUGGCUCUGUUCGGGUCGGACGCCGUCCUCAACUGCUCUUUCUUGGGCGUCUCAGAGUUUAAUCUGUCUGAUCUGAGUGUGUUCUGGCAGCUCUCGGACACCAAGCGUGCCGUUCACAGCUUCUGGCAGAGCCGCGAUCAGCUGAGCGAUCAGGAGGAGCGCUUCUCCAACCGCACCAGCCUGUUCCCAGAUCAGCUUGUGUCCGGAAACGUCUCACUGCUGCUGAGGAGAGUGCGUGUGGCGGAUGAGGGAAGCUACUCGUGUUUCGUCAGGGUUCAGACGUACGGCAGCGCAGCCAUGCUGAUGCAAGUCGCAGGAGCUCAGAACGUCCUUCUAAUGAAAAAUUACAAAGUAGUGCAGACGUGCCCCGAAAUGAAUGAGAGAGGCAGAGAGAAAGAGGAGUGGAAGAAGACGUCCAACGUGGAGGAUUUCUCGCUUUCUUUCAAACAGCUGGUGUCUCUGUCAGUACAAUGGCCUCGCUUUAAAAGUCCUUCCACAUGUCAGCAGCUCAGAGAACGGCAGGUGGCCAACGAGGAGGGUCUGUUCAGCGUGAAGAGCGUCCUGACGGUGAUCCUGGAGCCCAGCAGCACUUACAGCUGCAGACUGAGCCAGCCGCUGCUGGGAGAAGAAGCACAGGCGUCUGUCACCAUCAGCGCUCAGGGUCUGGUGUUUCCUCCGCUGGCGCUCUGGCUGACCGUGGCUCUGGCCGUGUGUUUGCUGGCUCUGCUGGUGGCUCUGGCCGUCGUCUGCCGCAGGAAGAUCAGAGAGAGCUGUGAGGAGAUGAGAGCCGAGGAAGAAGCCAAAGAACUCGAGGAAGCCAAAGAAUUAGAAGAAGCCAAAUCAGCCGCAACACCUCUAAAGAGCUAAAGUUGGAGACCACAGGUAAGGCU